AUGUUUGCGUUGCAGAUCUUUGAUGGGAUUGCUUUGCGCAAGCGUAGAACUAGAAAUGGUGCAAGGCAACGGUGUCCGUCACGCAACACGCUAACAACACUGAAAAGUAACAAAUUACAAUUGCCUGGGGAAGUCAACCUCCACUUCGUCAUCAUGCCGUGGUUAUGCUGUUAUGUGAAUCAGAAAACCAAGCGAGAAGAUCGCUACAAGGUGGCUGAUGAACACGGUGAACUGCCACCUGCUGACGACGGUCAGAAGCAGAACAUGUUCUCGUGGGAACGUCGUCCACAGAUUGACAUCGAGAAAUUUCGGAUACACAACGUUGACGGCGACACCAUAGUUCGCCGUGGUGUGGCCGGGCAACCCAUGAUCAUCGAAACCUGCAAGGACAGUAACAUUAUCGUGCUUGAUCGUACUUCAACAAUAACGGUUGACGACUGCUCAGAUUGUUUGAUUGUGUUGGGUGCAUGUGCUGGAAGUGUGUUUCUCCGUGAAUGUCAUUGCUGCACGGUGCUGGUAGCAUGCCAACAACUCCGAACCAGAGAUUGUCGUAGUUUACGCAUUGCGCUGCAUUGUUCUACGCAACCGAUCAUCGAGGAAACGUCGGAUGCCAUCUUCCAUCCGCUAACGCUUCACUACGACUCAUUCAUUGACAACAUGAUUGCCGCUCAUUUGAGUAUAUUCACCAGUUAUUCAACAUCAGUGCAUGACUUCACCCCAGAAGAAGGCUCUGUGCAUUAUCGCAUGAGCAGCGAAAUCUUGUCAUUGAGCUAUUACUACUAUGCUGGAUAUAGCAGGGAUGUACCUCGACGUCAAUUCGUGGAGCGAUGUCAAGAAGUUGCACACGCCAUAUUCGCAUAUCCGUCAGUAAGACUAGUCAGCACAAUUGAACUCGACGUGCAUAAGCAUGGAACAAAAAUUGGAAUACCACUUCAUGGGUUAUCAACUCUUGUCGUGUUUGAAGUUUGUGGUGAAGCAGAAGAUGUUGAUCAACUCAUGAACGCUAGCGAUGCAGGCUUUAAGAAGAUCCCUGAACAUGAACAAGAAUUAUUCACUUCCGUUAUUUCUCAUGCUAAUCAGCUGAUGCUCACUUAA